GAUCUGUCUAGUUGGAUAAAAUCAAAUCAGGAGUCUGUUGGGCGGGGCGGGGAGCACUGUGCCCACACCUGGGCCUCUCCAGACGUCCUGGUGUGCUACCAUGGCCAGCAGGGCUCUGAGCCCGGGCCUUAGGGUGGGCAAACCAUGCAGCCUCCAGGCCUCUGUCAGCACGACUCCAUUCCUCUCUAGCUAGGGCGGAGGUUUCCAAGGCAUCACAGAUCUUGUCUUCUGGAGAGCGGGAAGCAUCACAGUCCCAGGCUCUGUCACGUGUUGUUUGUUCCCUCCAGGCUCGUCCCUGGGCUCCGGCCAAAGCAUGAAUGGCCUGGAGGUGGCCUCCCCAAGCCUGACUACCAACUCCUCACAGGCCACCGUGGAGCAAUGUGGCCAGGAGACACCCCUGGAGAACCUGCUGUUUGCCUCCUUCUACCUCCUGGAUUUCAUCCUGGCUUUUGCGGGCAAUGCCCUGGCUUUGUGGCUCUUCAUCCGGGAUCACAAGUCGGGCACACCGGCCAAUGUGUUCCUGAUGCACCUGGCCGUGGCCGACCUGUGCUGCGUGCUGGUCCUGCCCACCCGUCUCGUCUACCACUUCUCUGGGAACCACUGGCCGUUUGGGGAGAUCCCCUGCCGCCUCACGGGCUUCCUCUUCUACCUCAACAUGUACGCCAGCAUCUACUUCCUCACCUGCAUCAGCGCUGACCGCUUCUUGGCCAUUGUGCACCCAGUCAAGUCCCUCAAGCUCCGCAGGCCCCUCUAUGCCCACCUGGCCUGUGCCUUCCUGUGGGUGGUGGUGGCCGUGGCCAUGGCCCCACUGCUGGUCAGCCCGCAGACAGUGCAGACCAAUCACUCUGUGGUCUGCCUGCAGCUGUACCGGGAGAAGGCCUCCCACCAUGCCCUAGUGUCCCUGGCUGUGGCCUUCACCUUCCCGUUUGUCACCACAGUCACCUGCUACCUGUUGAUCAUCCGCAGCCUGCGGCAGGGCCCCCGGGUGGAGAAGCGCCUCAAGAACAAGGCAGUGCGCAUGAUCGCCAUGGUGCUUGCCAUCUUCCUGGUCUGCUUCGUGCCCUACCACGUCCACCGCUCAGUCUACGUGCUGCGCUACCAUGGCAGCCGCACCUCCUGCACCACUCAGCGCAUCCUGGCCCUGGGAAACCGCAUCACCUCCUGCCUCACAAGUCUCAACGGAGCCCUCGACCCCAUCAUGUACUUCUUCGUGGCUGAGAAGUUCCGCCACGCCCUGUGCAACUUGCUCUGUGGCAAAAGGCUCACGGGCCCACCCCCCAGCUUUGAAGGGAAAACCAACGAGAGCUCACUGAGUGCCAGGUCUGAGCUGUGAGCUGGCUAUCGACAGUCUCAGGACGACUCUCUCGGUGCACGUGCCAUCCAGACUCAACCAGAGAAGUCCAAACGUCCAUCUUCUCCCCAGCACCUCCUGAGCAAAUGGCCUAGCAUCUCGGCAGGUCUCUCCCCUCCCUCCAGUGUCUCAACUCCAAGGAUGUCUGGUGCCAAACUCAGCCUUAGCCAAUGUGCAAACCCCUACCAGGGGAGAACGGACAGCGGAUCCACUGACCGCCUCUCUAUGAGGGGCCAGGCCCACCCUGCCUCCUUGGGGCUCCUGGUCAGUCAGUGACUUCACCCAUGUAAGGAGGGCAAAGCGGCUGGAGACAUAAUUCCUGAACAAUGAGGGUCUUUCUUUCCCUGAGAGGCUCCCAGCAUCCUUCCUGCUGCAGAAACUCACGGCCACAGAAAGACCCUGGAAGGCAGGCAGCAAAUGACUCCGGAGGGACGGACGGAUGUGUGAAUCUUGGUGGAAGGACGGGGAGAGGGGUCUAAAUAUCUCCUUUGAAGUGCAAGGUGCACCUUUGCCAGAUGACCCCAGACAAUUCAAGGAACACAGGCUGUGAGUUACAGCUGACUGUCCUAAGUACAUCCCGGGCUGGUGGUGGGGUGACGUGCAGCAGGCCUGUCCUGCGGAGCACAUCAGCUCAGCUCUGGACUCCUGACGCUCCAGCCAGACGCCCACACACAGACCUCUGUGGCCUGACAACCCCUAGAGCUUCUCAGCAUGGGCGGAUAGUCGUGGGGCUUUGACCUCAGGCAGGGAGCGGGCAUGUGAAUCUGUCCCCCUCUAACCCAGAGCCAGCAAAGGCGUCCUGAGCCCCACCCCCUCCCGAGAGGCCAGGCUUUGAGUCAUCUCACUUGAUAAUGUAUCACCCUAAUACGUUCUUUUUUGUACUUGUUUGUAUUGACCAUCAACGCAACUGUAGCUUUAAGAGUACAAAGGUCAUUGUGUUUGGUCAAUAGAACUCUUCCCAGAGCUUCUCCUCGCCUCACCCAGGAAUGACAGAGGUGGGUGUGUGUGGGGAGGGUGGCUCUCUUGCCAGGGCUCUGGUAGCUUCACAUAGACUCUGAGGCUCUGUGUCAUUGGGUCCCAAGUGCCAGCCUGGACUCUGAGGGCCCGGUGAGGGCUGCUGCCCUGCAUGUUAUUACAGUGGGAUUUCACUUCGGUAUCACAUUUUACUUUCAAAAGUAUUUCUGACCUUUUAAUUUCUCUAACAGCCCAGUGGGACAGGGGCCCUGUGGAAACCUUGGCUAGGGAAGGGUUUCCAGGCAUACCCCUGACUGGGGCAGGUACACCCCACUGGGCACAGUCCCUUGGCCCCUCCCCUGCUCCUUUGCCCUGACACCUCCUCAUUCAGACAAUGUGCUAGGGCCAGGCACUGUGCCGGCCCUGCAGACACCACACAGACAUGAGGUCACACGCCCCCCUGGUGUGGCAGCAAAGGGACAUGAUUACUGCAGGUCACAUCAGGAACAAUGGAAGUGCUGCAGUGCAGAACGGAGUGCCCAGACAGGGCAGGCAUGGCAGCCAGACAGCUGGAGACCCUGGGGGGCAGAGGGCAGGCCUGGUGGUCAGUGAUGGAAACAGCCAUUUGGGACCAGCUGUGUUUGGGAUGCCGGGUGGACUCCUAGUGGAGGCAGCACACGGGCAGUAGAGCACGGCGAGGGAGAGGUCGGGGUGGACUCCUGCUAUCCAGACAUCUGUGCCACU